AUGCCCCGCCCACUAUACAACACAACACAGCUCCCCAAACAGCUCCGCGAUGAGCUGGGCCUCUCGGACCUGGCCGACUUGCCCAGGGGAAAGGGAACAGGUGACCGCCUUCGCAAUGGGUACGUUUCGCGAAAAGAGCGGCGGAAGGCUGAGCGGGUGAAUGUGAAGAGGGCACAGAGGGCACAGAGGGCACAGAGGGGAAAUGGGGGGCGUGGGGGAGUAGUUGACGGUGGGGAUGUGCGAAAUACCGUGUCUGCCGGUGAGCAGAAGCAGAGGCCAACCGCGAAAUUAAAGGUGGGAUCUGCGCCGAAGUCAAAGCCGAUUUUGAAGAAGAGGGAGCAAAUUGUUAAUGUAUUUGAGAAGGGGGAAUCGGAGGAGGAGAAUGAGGGGGGCUUUACGGAUUUGCUUAACGAAGAAGAAGAAGAAGAAGGAGAAGAUGGUGAUGACCCUGAUGAAGAAGAAAUGUCCAGCGGAGACGAGCAAUUUACAACCCAACCUAAAUUAUCUCAGGCUGUCAAGGACAAAUUAGCCGAGGACGAUGCGGAGAUCUCCGCGCUGGAGAAAAAGCUAGGUAUCAAGGGGAAGAAAGGGAAACUGCCACAAUCGUUUUACGAUGAGGGAUUAGCGGACAUACUCGGUGAUCUGGCCGGGGCUGGAUCGGAUGGGGAGGAUGAGUCGCGAAAGAGAAAGAGGGAGGAGGAUGAGUGGCUGCAGAGGAAGAGGAUGAAGGCCCAGGCUGCUGCGCGGAAGAAUAAGAGCAUGGGGGUGGAGUCCGGGAGUGAGAGGGAGGGCAGUGAGGAAAGCGACGAAUCCGGUGAGGAAGACGAAUUUGACGGCUUUGACGACGACGACGGCGGCGGCGGCGGCGACGGCAACAACAUCUCCAAUGACAGCGGCCAGGACGAUGAGGACACCGCCCAAAAACCAAAGAAGCGAGAAAACCCCUACCUCCCCCCGGUUUCUACCCCCACAGCGCCGCCCAAAUACAUCCCCCCUUCCCUCCGCAACCAACCACCAAACGAAUCAGAAUCCCUAACCCUCCUCCGCCGCCAAGCACAAGGCCACCUCAACAAACUUUCCGAAGCAAACCUCCUCUCCAUCCUGCGCGAGAUAGAAAAGCUGUACCAAGAUUACCCGCGCCGCAACGUCACAUCGACGCUUAUAGAGCUACUGAUGGGCCUGGUGUAUGACAGGAGCGUGUUACAGGAUACGUUUAUAAUACUGCAUGCGGGGUUUAUUGCAGCCGUGUAUAAAGUGAUGGGGAUGGAUUUUGGGGCAGAGCUUGUUGAGGCGGUUGUGAGGAGGUUCGAUGGGGAUUAUGAGGUGGCGAGGAUGAAGGGGAGGGAGGAGAAGGAGAGUGAUGGUGGAGGGAGUAAUAACAAGGAGAUGCUGAAUGCCAUCUCGCUAUUGUCGCAUCUGUAUAACUUCCAUGUUAUCGGAUGUAGUCUGAUCUUCGACUAUAUCCGUCUAUUCCUAACAGACAUCACAGAACUAAACACCGAACUUCUCUUGCGAAUCAUCAAGAACUCCGGCCCCCAGCUCCGCGCCGACUCCCCCUCAACCCUCAAAGACAUAAUCCUCCUCCUCCAACCCACCUUUUCAACCCUAGACCCAAGCACCCUCUCCGUCCGCACAAAAUUCAUGCUCGAAACAAUAACAGACCUAAAAAACAACCGCCUAAAGUCCAACGCCGCCUCCGCCUCAUCCCUCUCCUCAACACACAUAACAACCAUGCGCAAAAUCCUCGGCUCCCUCAACGACUCCCCCCGCACCCUCCGUGCCAGCGAACCCAUCCGCAUCGGCCGCGCAGACAUCCAUCGGGCCGAUAAGAGGGGCAAGUGGUGGCUUGUCGGCGCCAGUUGGAGGGAUGAUGCGGCGAACCAGCACAACGGCCAGCGAGAUACCACCGUUGCUGGUGCUGCUGAUGCACAUGCACAUGCACAUGCCGUGACAGCGCUGGCAGAUACCCUAAACGACAACGACGGCAUAGGCGGUAAAGAGGUCGAUCUCUUGCAGCUCGCCAGAGCGCACGGGAUGAACACGGACGUCCGCCGCUCGAUAUUCGUUGCCAUAAUGUCCGCCGCUGACUACCGGGACGCGCACAUGCGGCUGGCCAAACUGCGCCUGAAGCGGAAUCAGGAGGGCGAGAUACCGCGCGUCCUCCUGCACUGCGCUAUGGAAGAAGAGGCGCAUAAUCCGUAUUACACGAUUAUAGCGCGCAGGCUGUGCGGGGAGCGGCGGAUGAAGAUGGCGUUUAUGUUUUCGCUGUGGGAUGUUUUCAAACGGAUGGGGGAGGGGGGGGAGUAUGGGGAUGAUGACGGUGGUGGUGGUGAGGGGGAUGAUGAGGUGACGAGCAAGGCUAUUGUGAAUCUGGCGAAGAUGUAUGGGAGUUUGAUUGCGGGUGGGGAGAUGGGGUUGGGGGCGCUGAAGGUUUUGGAUUUUGUGUAUAUGCAGAGUAAGACGAGGGUGUUUGUGGAGGUGCUGAUUGUUACGGUUAUGACGCAGACGCAGCAAAGAAGGACGCGGGAGCUGCAGAGGGAGCGGAAUGGGUCUGGGUCGAGGAGAGGACGGGAUGGUGGUGAGGGUGACGAGGGGUUCGAUGAGAAGGCGCUGGCAGAUGUGUUUUUGCGGACGAGGGAGACGCCGCAGAUUGUGCCUAGGCUGAUUUAUUUUAUUCGGAAAGUGGUUGCGAAGACGGAUAUUGUGGUGUCGAAGAGGGAGAGGAGGGUCGUCAAGUGGGGGUGUAAGGUUGCGUUGGAUACGUUGAAGGCUGUAUCGAGGGCUGGUGGGGAUGGUUGA